AUGAAUCUCUUCAAUUUAUUUACGCCAUUCAAAGGCAAGAGAAAGCUCAACGAUUGUUCAGACGAGACCCCGGAUACAAUCGACAAGACGGAAUGUUCCAACGACAGCGCCAAGCGGCGUAAGCUUCGCCACGCCUUACCUCAGACAUCACCUCGCCGCGCAUCCAGAAGAACGAAACCCGGCACGCAGCUGAAGACGGCGCCUACGGAACGUCUAGUCGUGGCUGUAUUUGGCUGCGGGGAGGACGGUGAACUAGGCUUGGGAAACAUGAUGCACAGUGGCAGAGCUCCUACCGUCGCAGACAGGCCUCGGAUUAACCACUUUCUGGAUAUAAACACCGUAGGUGUCGUUCAAAUAGCAGUGGGCGGCAAGCACUGCGCCGCCCUCACUCACGACGGGCUUGUUCUGACAUGGGGAUGCAACGACUCGAGAGCCCUUGGCCGAGCGACCCAGUGGGAACGAUUGCAAAAGCUGGACCAAAUCGCGAGGGAACCGAAUUCCAUGCCAAGUGUUCCCGCACCCGUCGAGAAUCUUUCAACCCUUGGGCUAGACAUUGCGCAAUUAACUGCCACCGACAAUGCCACUUUUAUCCUCACUAGAUCGGGGUUGGUUUAUGGCUGGGGCACGUUUCAUGGCAGUGAUGGUGUGUACGGAUUUUUGCGGGAAAAGAUUCAAAAAAACAAACCUGCCAGCUACGAAGCGAGGUUCCAGGCAACGCCGACACGGAUUGAAGGUCUGAAAAACAUAAGAGAGCUCUCUGCAGGCAUGAACCAUGUACUGGCGCUGACGGAGUCGGGAGACGUGUACGCCUGGGGCUCUGGCCAGCAGGCACAACUGGGUCGCCGCUUGGUGCAGCGCCAUCAGUUCGAGUCGUUAAUCCCCCGGAUGGUUGAUCUGCCCAAGAGGGGAAUUGUCAAGAUCUUUGCCGGGUUCAGCCACAGCUUUGCUGUCGACACACAAGGGAAAGUGUGGACGUGGGGAUUGAACAAUUUCGGACAGACGGGCAUUCCGGCCAACGAAGAGAACCUGUAUAUCGGGGUUCCAACCGUCGUUCAAGGUUUGACGGGCUACAAGAUACGUCAAGUCGCAGGCGGGUUCCAUCACAGCAUAGCAUGCACCGAGGAUGGGCAAGUGCUGGCCUGGGGGCGAUGUGACAAUAGCCAGAUGGGGACGGACAUUUUGAUGCUGGGCAAGGACAAGUUUCUUUUUGACAGUCGCGGAAGGCCGCGCAUUUUGCUGACCCCGACAGUAAUUCCCAGUAUUUCGGCCACUUUUGUCGCUGCUGGCGUCGACAACUCGGUGGCCAUUGCCGCAGAUGGCGCGGUGCUGACAUGGGGAUCCUCCGAGAACUACCGCACUGGCCUGGCAACCCAAGACACGAUACAGACUCCCACUGAGCUCGUGGGCAAAGGCGUCACCGACAAGGCCUUCACCUUUGCCGGCUGUGGCAGCCACUUUACUGUCAUUGCAGGACCCGGGCAAGCGAGACGCGCGCAACAUGAUUCGCCAUGA